AUGCCUACCACCCAGGUAACCCCGACAGCGGAUGUCCUUUUGCAGGGGAUUGCCGAUGCUCUUUUCAAAGCUCGGAAGGUGGUUGUCAUAACCGGCGCUGGCAUCAGUACCAAUUCCGGCAUCCCCGACUUCCGUAGUGAAAACGGGCUUUACUCCCUCAUCCAGGCGCAAUUCGAUGCCGCGAGUCGAGACGAUACAGCUGAACCGAGGCGUCUUUCGGCGAAUGUUUGUACCAAUGAUCGCGAACCACCUAUCAAGAGACGACGGCUUUCUUUUGAGGACUCUGGAAUAUGUCUUCACAGCGAGGACUCUCAGAGUCAGGAGACGUCAGGCUCCGGCGACGAGAGGACGGUUUCUGAGGCAGAGAGAUAUGGGUCAGUGGCAGUGCGCUCAAGCACAGCAUCAAAAAGGCUACAAACAGACAACCAGCAGCCGGAGUCCUCAGCAGCAGGUUCGUCUCACCGAGGAAAUACGCCAACCCGGUCAGAAAGGUCGCUCCGGCGGUCCAGGAGGGCACAAUCAUUACCACCAGAAGAGAGUCCCAAAGGUGAUUCUCAGCCCCCGCAGCACUAUCCUCGGGCAGAGACGCGCCGUCGCGCAGUAAGCCCGAGCCGUAGCUUCUUACGAACACGACUGCGUUCUGCAAGUCCUGAUCCUCGACGGAAACCAAAUGCGUAUCAGGCGCAUUCUGCGGAGCUGAGAAAGAGGUCCUUGUUGACAUCGUCACUGGUCUCUAGGCAAGCUGCAGAACAUGGCGACCCUCUCAGCUUUGCAUCAAGCCCGUUAAAGCCGUGCCAAAUAUGGUCCAAAGAUGGGCCCGAGGAUGCCCCUCCGUUGGCAGACACGGCUUCGAAGACAGUCGCCCAGACUGCAGCUCAGAUUAGCACACCCAAGGCGUCGCGAUUCUUCUUUAGCUCAUCGCCUCUCUCAUCUCCGCCUAGCGUCCUACCACAAACACCAACUUCCUACAGAGAAUUCGACUGUUUCGCGCAGUCGAAUCUGUCUAGACCACCACUGACAUUCAGCUCAUCGCCCUUGUCUUCACCACCUCCAGUCCUGUUCGAUCCUUUUGAAGAGCGAUCCUCAUCAACAAGCCGACAGUCGUCAAGCACAGCGAGCAGUGCCGCAUCUUCAGAAACCGACGAAACACCCCCAUCAUCUAACCCGAACAAGUCGACAUUACCCAACAUCAAAGGCAGAGACCUAUUUGAUGCUUCCAUCUGGGCCGAUCCUUUGCGGACGUCUGUAUUCUACACUUUUGCAACGACCCUGAGACAGAAGGUCAAGGACGUUCAGCCUACAGCAUCCCAUCAUUUCAUCGGCCAUUUGCGAAAUCGUGGCAAACUCGUUCGAUGCUACACGCAAAACAUUGACCAGAUUGAGGAGAAGGUAGGCCUCUCGACUUCUCUGCAGGAGGGCCCCGGCCAUCGCGGCAGAUUCUCUAGGAGGUCGACCGCCGCAACGCUUGCGCCAACGAAUCUGCCUUCCAGCGAUGAAGCCCCAACUGGUUCGGGCGAAUCUAGGGAAGAAAGCAAAGGAUUGACCAAGCCGGAAGAAGCCGGUGGUGUAGAGGGGUGCGAAACCUCUGUUCUAUCAGAGUCUCAAGCGCAGCGGCAGGACAAAAAGUCAAGCGGUGUUGAAUGUGUUUUUCUCCAUGGAUCUCUCGAGUCUUUGAGGUGUUUCCUAUGUGGCAAGAUCUGCGCCUGGGACGAGGAGGGGCGAGCAAACGAGACAAUGUCAGGUCGACAGCCCGAAUGUCCUUACUGUGCAGGGGCUACAGCGGCUAGACAGGAGAGAGGCAAAAGAGCCUUGGGCGUCGGCAAGCUGAGACCAGACAUCGUACUUUACGGCGAAGAACACCCCAGUGCUCAUCUCAUCUCGCCCAUAGUCACCCACGAUCUUGGACUCUGCCCUGACCUCCUUUUGAUCCUCGGCACCUCACUCAAAGUUCACGGACUCAAGGUCCUGGUGAGGGAAUUCGCCAAAACAAUUCACAGCAGGGGUGGCAAGGUCGUUUUCGUCAAUUAUACCAAGCCCCCCGAGAGCUCAUGGGGAGACAUCAUCGAUUACUGGGUACAAUGGGACUGUGAUGCUUGGGUGUCCAACCUCAAAGAAAGAGUUCCACUGCUGUGGCUUCCCCCCGGCACCAAGCUCCCGAAAAAGAAGAAAGAAAUCAGUGAAAAGUCCAAGAAGCGCCAGAGCACCGCAGACGAAAAAUCAAAGCAAGAUGCACCAAAGACGAGCGACAAUGCCGCAUCUACACUCCCGCCGGAAGUCAUUGUGAAGGCCGAGAAAUCAGACCCACCAACAGAGGUGCCAGAAAAGUCUGAUGAGCCCAAGAAGGCCCUUGAAUCUCAGCAACAGGAAGCAGAGUUGGCUACAUCAGAUAUCGAUCUUGCGAGCGCUACUGUCAAAGACGAGCCGGCGCGGAAGGAACGAGCUAAGCAGAAACCCAAGCCCACCGAAGAGGCCCUUCCAAAACCUCCGCCCCAACGACCGAUGGCGGUUCGCGAUGACAAGACAAGCGCGGCUUGGUUGACGUGGAAAGUGAGAGCCGAGCUCCGUCGCAUCACUGGCAAUCAGAUCCCAGCCCCAUCCUCCCCUACAGCUCCCCGGGUUACCAAACCCAGGCCGAAGCGGUCCCGGAAGUCUGCGCCAGCCGCCCUGCCUCGGCCGACACAACUUAAUACAUGUAAUGAUGCGCCGAACCUUCGGUCUGAUAUUCUUGAUCAGCCGACCAGCGUGGCACAGGAGAAAACAGACGAUAAGCAGGCACAAAGCGAAUCGGCCGCGGCGGUUGAUGUCGCAAUGGCAGUGGCCGAGGAGAACUCUAUCCUUGCUGCGGUCAAGCUCAACCCAAGGAAGCGGAAGCGAAAGACGAUUGAUGGCGUCGAGGUGUCUUUCACGGGGACGCCUCGGUCAGCUCCAGCCGCCAAGGCUCUUCCGCGGCCAACGGCUCAGCAGGUGAAGACACCGCAUAGCAAGGCCAAACCGCUGGUCGUCUCGCCCAAGAUUUUAUCCGAUAUCCAGCGUGUCUCGUUGGAUUCUCUCAUCCUCCCGCCUCUGCAAAUGAACCAGGCGCCGGAAGCGACACCAUCGAAGCCGCCGCCUUUAGAGCCUAUUCAUUCUCCCACAGGACCACUGACGGAAAUCUCGCCUAACACGCAGAUCCGCGUCCAGCAAAGGCCAACAGAGCCCUUCUUCUACUGCGAUGCUCUCAUUAACAAGUUGGUCCGCGCACCAGAAUGGACCCCGUUGCGAGGUCUCGGGCCGGUGAAGCCCAAGAACUCUCAAUCGGCAAAAGAGGCGGAGGCUGCCAUGGCGUUGGAGGGAUUGAAGAAGGGCAGCGGCCAAGCAAUGUUUGGAGGGUUCCUUUGA